AUGGCGUACGCGACGCUCUGGAUGUUGCACCCCAUCGCAAAUUUCGCGACCCUAUUACUGGACACUAUCGAACAACAGCAUUUUGCUCCCUUCUCGGCUAGGUAUGCAGAACUUUUGAUGCAUGACGCGGAAACUGUGUAUGAUGACGAGACUCGCACGGAGAUGCAGCUAGGCAUAGUUGAUCUUUUGCUUAUAGUGGGGCAACUUGAUAUGGGAUCUCGUUUGUGUCGACGUCUGUAUGAGGGUAUGCAACCCAUUCCUUCCCCUCCAACUCCAAUGCACAGAAGACUCCUGCAUAAAAUGAGCUUUGUGUUAAUGGAAGAAGAAGACUACUCGGCGGCUGAGAGUCUCAUCCUGCAGCAACUCAGCUGCAAUGUUGCUGCUGCUGGAAAGCAGAAGGGUGAUACCUAUGGAGUCUCUGCAUGUGAGCGAUUGGCAUGGCUGUACUCUAAAACGGGGCGUUUUGAAGAAAGCGAGAAGUUUUGUCGGCUGGCUGUCGAGGGGGCUCUGGAGGGUUUCCAGUCCGAGUCGAACGUGCUGAUAAUUUUGUCUGCAGUUGAGCAUCAUCUUUCGAUCCUGGGAAAGGAAGAAGACGUUGUUCAGCUUCGGACUGAGUGUCAACACAUCUGGGCAGAAUUGGACGAAUGGAAUCUCGAUUGUAGUCUUUGA